AUGAGUGAUAUUAAAGAAAUAGAGAAGGAAAAGAAAUUCAUCGAAGAAUAUUUCACAUAAAUUAGCACAUCAGACAUUGAUACUAUUAAAAAGUAUCUAUUGUAUGUUAAAUAACGCAAGAGGGGAAAUGAGAAUGAGAAAGUUCCCAUUAGAACAUUCAUUAAUACGAUAUCUGAGGGGAAGGGAAAGAAGGCUAUUCAUUUUGGAGCCUCAAGAGGAGAUCUCGAAGUGUUCAAGUUUUUAGUGAAGAAAGGAGCAGAUGUAAGCUUAUUAGAUGAUGAGAAAAACAAUCCAUUCUUAAUUGCUGUUCAACAUAAUCAUUUAUCGAUUGUGUAAUACUUGAUUGAUGUCCAUCAUGUGGAUGUCAAUUAUUAAAGAAACACUAUCACAGCACUUCAUUUGGCCGCAUAAUAAAGUGCCAUCCCAAUGAUAGAACUAUUACUCUCUGUUGGUGCCAAUAUCAAUGCCUUGUCUAAUUUUGGAACUCCGGUCUCAUUUGCAGUGGCAUACUAAUAAAAUUUGAGUGCUCUUCAUUUGAUAAAGAAAGGAGCAGACUUAAAUAUCGUUUAAGAGUAGAUGCCCUCCUUAUUACAUUUACUGAUUGACUAAAAUAAUGAAGAGUUAUUCAAUACAAUAUUUGAAGAAUUCCCUGAAAAAGUAGAUGUGAAUAUCAAAGAUCCUGAUGGAUGGUCAGCCUUGCAUUUAUGCGCUGAAAAAGGAUUAUUGAAAUUUUCAUAAACUUUGAUUAAACAAGGUGCUGAUAUCAAUUAUGAGAAUCUAAAGUAAACUCCUUUAGACUUAGCAGUAUAAAAUGAGAAAUGGGAUUGCGUGUAAUAUUAUAGGGAGUUUGCCUUGAGAAAGGAAGCACAAAUUCCUUCUCCCCCAGUUUAACUAACUGAUGAAUAAAUUAAGGAUGUGUAUAAUGAAAUCAACACUGAAAAGGUUGAGGCCAAUAAAUUGUUAUAAAGCGAACAAUAUGAAUAGGCUAUUAUAAAAUAUAGUGAAAUAAUCGAGAAAUCUAAAUAGAUUGUUGAACAGCAUAGAGAUGAAAUUGUGAAGAUUUACACCAACUUAGCAAAUGCUUAAUUGAAAUUAUCAAAAUAUAAGGAUGUACUAACAACCUGCAAACAGGCUAGGAAUGUUAAGAAAGAUUGGGUGAAGAUCUAUUACUUUGAAGGUUAAGCAUAUGAGGGAUUGAAGGAGUAUGGAGAGGCUGCUGCAUCUUACUUCGAGGCAUUGAAGAUUUAAUAAGAACCAGGAAUGAAAUCAUUAUUUGAUUAAGCUAUCAAGAGAGGCAAGGAUUUGCAUAAAUAAUAAUGA